AGUGCUGCUGAGAUCAUGUCGGUGCUAUAUUUUCACACCAUGAAGUACAGACAGAUGGAGCCAAGACACCCGGACAACGACAGGUUCAUCCUCUCCAAGGGCCAUGCGGCCCCACUCCUCUACGCCGCCUGGGUAGAGGCGGGAGGCAUUAGUGAGCCUGACCUGCUGAAUCUGCGGACCAUUAACUGCGACUUAGAGGGACAUCCCACCCCCAGACUGUCAUUCGUGGAUGUGGCAACCGGGUCGCUGGGCCAAGGACUGGGGGCCGCGUGCGGAAUGGCUUUUACUGGCAAGUACUUGGACAGGGCCAGCUACUGGGUGUUCUGCCUCUUGGGCGAUGGCGAGUCCUCAGAAGGCUCUGUCUGGGAAGCUCUGGCCUUUGCAUCCCACUACAAUUUGGGCAAUCUGGUGGCAGUCUUUGACGUGAACCGCUUGGGGCAGAGUGGCAUGGCGCCCCUUGCGCACUGCAUGGAUACCUAUCAGAGUCGCUGUGAAGACUUUGGGUGGAAUACUUACCUAGUGGACGGCCACGACUUGGAGGCCUUGUGCCUUGCGUUUUGCCAGGCAGCUCAAGUGAAGACAAAGCCCACUGCCAUAAUUGCGAAGACGUUCAAGGGCCGGGGGAUUCCAGACGUUGAGGAUGCAGAAAAUUGGCAUGGAAAGCCAAUGCCUACAGAAAGAGCAGAUGAGGUCAUCAGACUAAUUGAGAGUCAGAUACAGACUAACAAGAAUCCGAUACCCAACCCACCUGCUGAAGGCUCCACUCAGAUCAGCAUCAUCACGAAUAUAAAAAUGACCUGUCCGCCUGGUUAUAAAGUUGGCAACAAGAUAGCUACUCAGCAAGCUUAUAGUUUGGCUCUAAUUAAACUGGGCCGUGCAAACGAAAGAGUUGUUGUCCUGGAUGGUGAUCCAAAGAACUCCACCUUUUCUGAGAUAUUCAAGAAGGAACACCCUGAGCAUUUCACUGCAGAACAGAACAUGGUCAGUGUGGCUGGCUUUGCUGCCCGGGGUCGAACUAUUGCUUUUGUUAGUACCUUAGCUGCCUUUCUCACAAGAGCCUUUGAUCAGAUCCGGAUGGGAGCCAUAUCUCAAACCAAUAUCAAUCUUAUUGCUUCCCACUGUGGGGUGUCAGUGGGUGAAUUUGGACCCCCCAAGCUGACCCUGGAAGAUCUAGCUAUGUUCCGAAGCGUUCCCAAUUGCACGGUUUUCUACCCACGUGAUGCCGUCUCCACGGAGCAUGCUGUCUACCUGGCUGCCAGUUCCAAAGGAAUGUGCUUCAUUCGCACCAGAGGACCAGAAACUGCAGUUAUUUACACCCCCCAAGAAAAUUUCGAGAUUGGACAGGCCAAGGUUAUCCGAAGCAGUGUUAAUGACAAAGUCACAGUUAUUAGAGCUGGCAUUACCCUGCAUGAAGCCUUAGCAGCUGCAGAUGCCCUUUUCCAACAAGGUAUUUCUGUCCGAAUCAUUGACCCGUUUACCAUUAAACCCCUGGACACUGCCACCAUUAUCUCCAGCGCAAAAGCCACAGGUGGCCGGAUAAUCACAGUGGAGGAUCACUACCAGGAAGGUGGUCUUGGAGAAGCUGUGUGUGCAGCCGUCUCUGGGGAGCCGGACAUCCACAUACAUCAGCUGGCAGUGUCUGGAAUGCCUCAAAGUGGAAAACCUAGUGAAUUGCUGGAUGUGUUUGGGAUCAGUGCUAGACACAUCAUAGCGGCUGUGAAAUAUAAUUUAAUGAACUGAAAUGAUUUUGUUAAAAAAUCAGUCUAUUGGCAUUGGUCUUAAAACACUGGUAUCUCUAUAUCACUUUCAUGCUUGUUGUUAACAAGGGUAUCAUUUAUACCUUUGUGCCUUUUUUUGUUUUUUAAAUAAAGCCAUUUAACAACUUUCUUCAUUCCAAAUUCAGAAAUUCAAGUCACCUACCUUUCUCCUAAACUGUGACUAUGUAUACAAAUGUCACUCUCAUUUUUAAACCAUUAAACUAAAUUAUAUUUUAAGAAACCAUAGACAAAACAACUACUUAGUACAAGUUUUCUGAUAAGACUACAAAUAAUUGACUAGAUUGGGAAUCGGUGUGGAAGUCACAGUUUCUUAAGUGUGUGGUAACUUCCUGGAAGUAAAGAAAAUGUGAAUUUCCCUGUAAGACUUCGGUUGUCUAGGUUUUGAAGCAGGUUUGAGCUGUCACUUCCCACUAUCCUCCCCGCAGCUCCCUGGGAGAACGUGUGACCUUGAAGUUGCAUUGGAGUUUCCUGUGAAAUCUACCCUCAUCUCUGCAGCUGAGAGGCUUCAGGGCUGCAGAGAAAGCUCUUACGAUGCACCCCGCUGCUUGCAGAGACUGUGCCGUUCUGUAAAGAGAUGGAUGCUUGACUAGUUCUAGUUUGCACACUGAACCAUUUUGUGAGGUUUCAGAAAUGUUUCAUUUUUUUCAGUGACUAAACCAGGUUGCUCAUUUGAUAUUCAUCUGUUAAGGAAACUAGAGUCAAUGUAAUAAAGUAUUUAAAAACCA